AACUGCUCUCGCGGCUGGUCCUGUGCAGCGAGGCGGGGGGUGAGCGCGAGGCGCGCGGGGCGCGGAGAUGUGCAAGUGGCGAAGCAGGACCGAGUGCAGGCGUAAGCUGCAGAGCGGCCACGGCGAGGGAUUUUAGGUGAUGGGAAGAUCAGAAAGUCAGAUGGAUAUAACUGAUAUCAAUACUCCAAAGCCAAAGAAGAAACAGCGAUGGACUCCUCUGGAGAUCAGCCUCUCCGUCCUUGUCUUGCUCCUGACUAUCAUAGCGGUGACAAUGAUCGCUCUCUAUGCAACCUAUGAUGAUGGUAUUUGCAAAUCAUCAGACUGCAUAAAGUCAGCUUCUCGAUUGAUCCAGAACAUGGAUGCCUCUGCUGAGCCCUGUACAGACUUCUUCAAAUAUGCUUGUGGAGGCUGGUUGAAACGCAACGUCAUUCCAGAGACCAGUUCCCGAUACAGUAAUUUUGACAUUUUAAGAGAUGAGCUGGAAGUCAUUUUGAAAGAUGUCCUUGAAGAACCCAGAACUGAGGACAUAGUAGCAGUGCAGAAGGCGAAAACCUUGUACAGGUCCUGUAUAAAUGAGUCUGCUAUUGAUAGUAGAGGCGGGCAGCCUCUACUCAGACUGCUACCAGAUAUAUAUGGGUGGCCUGUAGCCUCAGAAAACUGGGAACAAACGUAUGGUACUUCUUGGACAGCUGAGAAAGCUAUUGCACAACUGAAUUCUAAAUAUGGGAAAAAAGUCCUCAUUAAUUUUUUUGUUGGCACCGAUGAUAAGAAUUCUACCCACCAUAUAAUUCAUUUUGACCAGCCUCGACUUGGCCUCCCUUCCAGAGACUACUAUGAGUGUACUGGAAUAUAUAAAGAGGCUUGCACGGCAUAUGUGGAUUUUAUGAUUGCUGUGGCCAGACUGAUUCGUCAGGAAGAAAGAUUGCCGAUUGACGAAAACCAGCUUUCUUUGGAAAUGAAUAAAGUUAUGGAUUUGGAAAAAGAAAUUGCCAAUGCAACAACUAAACCCGAAGACCGAAAUGACCCCAUGCUGCUUUAUAACAAAAUGACGGUAGCUGAGCUCCAAAGCAACUUUUCUCUAGAGGUCGAUGGGAAGCCAUUCAGCUGGUCAAAUUUCACAAAUGAAAUCAUGUCAACUGUGAAUAUUAAUAUUCAAAAUGAGGAAGAAGUGGUUGUUUAUGCUCCAGAAUAUUUAACCAAACUUAAGCCUAUUCUUACCAAAUAUUCUCCCAGAGAUCUUCAAAAUUUAAUGUCCUGGAGGUUCAUAAUGGAUCUUGUAAGCAGCCUCAGCCGAAACUACAAGGAGUCCCGAAAUGCUUUCCGCAAGGCCCUUUAUGGCACUACAUCAGAAACAGCAACAUGGAGACGGUGCGCUAACUAUGUCAAUGGGAAUAUGGAGAAUGCUGUGGGGAGGCUUUAUGUGGAAGCAGCAUUUGCUGGAGAGAGCAAACAUGUGGUUGAAGAUUUGAUUGCACAAAUCCGGGAAGUUUUUAUUCAGACUUUAGAUGAGCUCACCUGGAUGGAUGCAGAAACAAAAAAGAAAGCUGAAGAGAAGGCCUUAGCAAUUAAAGAAAGGAUUGGCUAUCCUGAUGACAUCAUUUCCAAUGAUAACAAACUGAAUAAUGAGUACCUUGAGUUGAACUACAAGGAAGAUGAAUACUUUGAGAACAUAAUUCAAAAUUUGAAAUUCAGCCAAAGCAAGCAGCUGAAGAAGCUCCGAGAAAAGGUGGACAAAGAUGAGUGGAUAAGUGGAGCAGCUGUAGUCAAUGCAUUUUACUCUUCAGGCAGAAAUCAGAUAGUCUUCCCUGCUGGCAUUUUGCAGCCCCCCUUCUUCAGUGCCCGGCAGUCCAACUCAUUGAACUAUGGGGGCAUCGGCAUGGUCAUCGGACACGAAAUCACUCAUGGCUUUGAUGACAAUGGCAGAAAUUUUAACAAAGAUGGAGACCUCGUCGACUGGUGGACUCAGCAGUCUGCAAAUAAUUUUAAAGACCAAUCCCAGUGCAUGGUGUACCAGUAUGGAAACUUUACGUGGGACCUAGCAGGUGGACAGCAUCUCAAUGGAAUUAAUACACUAGGAGAAAACAUUGCUGAUAAUGGAGGUAUUGGCCAAGCAUACAGAGCCUAUCAGAAUUAUGUUAAAAAGAAUGGUGAAGAAAAAUUACUCCCUGGAAUUGACCUAAAUCACAAACAACUAUUCUUCUUGAACUUUGCCCAGGUGUGGUGUGGGACCUACAGGCCAGAGUACGCAGUCAAUUCCAUUAAAACAGACGUACACAGUCCUGGCAAUUUUAGGAUUAUUGGGACUUUGCAGAACUCUGCUGAGUUUGCAGACGCCUUUCACUGCCGCAAGAAUUCAUACAUGAAUCCAGAAAGGAAAUGUCGGGUUUGGUGAGCUUCAUGAGAAGCGGAGCAUCCAUGGCAAGACUCGUUAAAGCCACAGAAACAGGACUCACCCUUCAGGGACACUGGGCCCUGGAAGUUUCUGCAGCUAAUGGAGACAAUUCACAGAGAUGAGCACAAGCUAAACAUACAUGCAAUUAUCUUAUUGAAUCCACUGUGAUUGGAAGGGGGAGGUAACCUAAGGUCUAUCAAAUCAAUCACAUCACUGUGUAAAUAAUGCUUACUUUCAAGGGCAGUGUUACUGUUCGUUUCUGUUCCUCACACAAACAGCAAGUUUAGUGCUGUCCAUAAAGAACAGUGUUAACUCUCGAGGCAGACUGCAGCUUCUGAUCAAAGAGGGGAAGAUGUUGAAUUCAGCUGGGCACCAGAGCACAGCCGUGGUUUGCCUCAGCACUCACUUCUGUUUGCAACACUCAUGCUCCUUUAAAAUGCUCCCAAAGAACUCCCAUGCGUACUGUGGCCUUAAGGCUUGUGUAGUUCGGAGCUCAUUUUACUGUACAUGAGUUAUUCAUUAUCAUUCUAGGUGAAGCACUGUUAUGGUAAAAAUGAAUAUCUGAAACUUCCCCAUUUUCACCACUUUAAAGAUUUUGAGAUUCUUUUGCCCCUGCAAUUUUUUUGAGCAAUUUCUUGCUCCCUCUGCCUCUCAGACUUAGUCUUUUUAAAGGAUUUGUAGGAAUGUAUAAACAAUAAUUCUAUAUUUAAUUACUAACAACAUUUGUGACUAAAUAACCAUUACUAUAGGUAAUCAUUGAAUAUUGAAGUUAAAUGGUCAAGAUGGAUAGUUACAAAGAGCUGUAAUGUGAUGUACAGAUGAAAAUUUGGGACUUUUUAAAUCUGUAAAUCAUAUUGGUGAGAAGUUUUAAGUACAAACUGUGAGGGUGAAGGUUACCAUCGACCCACUGUCUAGAGAUAUAUAAUAGUUGUGGUUUAUAGACAGCAUUUCCAAGAUUAAGUCUGUCCCCAAGGGUGGCUAGAAAAGGGCCUAGCUGUAUCUGUGUUGCUCCAUGAGUCCUUAUCUCUUCAGAUUUGUCAUCUAAUGGAAAUAUUUUGAUAAUAAAUCAAAGUUGCAAGCCCA